AAUGAUUAGAGUGAUGAUGUCACUGGUUCAGUCAGUCUCAGCAUCACUGCUCUAGGCAGCCGGCAGAGCCAUUUUGGCUUCUACAUUACAGGGCACUCAAAGAUCUCUCCUCCAAGAAGCCUUCCUCCUUACAAGCAGGCCUCACUGGGCAUCCAGCUACACCUUGCUACACCUCGCUGGAACAAAUAAAGGAUCCUCUGUUAAACAGGGGGAAAAGAAGAUUGUUUUAGACAUAUCAGAGGAAGAGCUCAAAAAAGAGAAUUUGGGAAGCCAGCACAAGAGGCAGUAGUGGGAGCUGAACUGUAGAGUCAAUAGCUGAGAGCAUCAGAGGAUCACCAUUGUAAAGGUGUGAGCAGUGACCUGGACUUUUAAAGGAGUGCUUUCAGCACACACGCAGAGGCACCAUGGCAGGGGCCUCGGUGAAGGUGGUGGUGAGAGUCCGUCCCUUUAACUCUCGUGAGACCAGUAAAGAGUCCAAGUGCAUCAUCCAGAUGUCAGGAAACACAACCACCAUCAUCAACCCCAAAGCACCCAAAGAAACCAAAAGUUUCAAUUUUGAUUACUCCUACUGGUCACACACCUCACCAGAAGAUAUCAACUAUGCCUCCCAGCAGCAGGUGUACAGAGACAUUGGAGAGGAAAUGUUACUUCAUGCCUUUGAGGGCUACAACGUCUGUAUCUUUGCAUACGGCCAGACUGGGGCCGGUAAAUCUUAUACCAUGAUGGGCAAACAGGAGAAGGACCAGCAGGGGAUCAUUCCACUGCUGUGUGAAGAUCUUUUCACCAAGAUUAAUGACAACAAUACUGAUAACAACAUGUCCUAUUCUGUGGAGGUUAGUUAUAUGGAGAUUUACUGUGAAAGAGUACGAGAUCUUCUGAACCCAAAAAACAAAGGAAAUCUACGUGUGCGAGAGCACCCAUUACUGGGCCCGUAUGUAGAGGAUCUGUCCAAACUCGCCGUCACAUCAUAUAACGAUAUUCAAGACCUGAUGGACUCAGGGAAUAAGGCUAGGACAGUAGCUGCCACUAACAUGAAUGAGACCAGCAGCCGUUCACACGCUGUCUUCAACAUCAUCUUCACCCAGAAGCGUUAUGACUCGGAGACAGACAACACUUCAGAAAAGGUCAGCAAAAUCAGUCUGGUGGAUUUAGCCGGCAGUGAGAGAGCUGAUUCCACUGGAGCCAAAGGCACACGGCUCAAGGAAGGGGCAAACAUCAAUAAAUCACUCACAACCCUGGGAAAAGUCAUUUCGGCUCUGGCUGAGGUGGAUUCUGGCUCAAACAAGAAUAAAAAGAAGAAGAAAGUAGAAAGUUUUAUUCCUUACAGGGAUUCUGUACUGACCUGGCUACUGAGAGAGAACCUUGGUGGCAACUCUCGCACCGCAAUGGUGGCGGCUCUCAGUCCUGCUGACAUCAACUAUGAUGAAACCCUCAGCACUCUCAGGUAUGCAGACAGGGCUAAGCAGAUCCGUUGUAAUGCUGUGAUCAAUGAAGAUCCUAAUAACCGUCUGGUGCGUGAGCUGAAAGAUGAGGUGUCCCGUCUGAAGGACCUCCUCUAUGCCCAGGGCCUGGGUGACAUCAUCGAGACGUUUCGGGGGCCAGUUGAAGAUUUUGCUGGUUUGAAAUGUGUGUUUCUUGGGCGCUAUCUCACUCUCUCUUCUAUGCUUUUGCAGUUUGUAUGGAUAAAGCAGGUCUCUGCAGCCUCAGGGUCAAUUCAAGGGUUUGAGAGAAAAUUCAUACUCUCUCAAUCAUACAAAAAUCAUAUCAGAGCCAUGUUCGUGUCAUAUUCCAUGAAAGCUUUAAAUGUUUGUCUGUUAAGUCUAUCAAACUAUUUUGUUAGCUCCUAUUUUAUUUCCGCUUGUUCCCUUUACUGGGCUUUGACUGUCUGCUCUUUCUUUGUAUCUUGGGCGUUUCUCCUCACAUGUGAAAUUUCGGGGUCUCUGAAUUCAAAUUCAUUUCAAGCUGCAUGUCUUUGCCUCCAUGAUCGCAUCAUGUUCAGCCCAGGGAGCGAGGAAGCCAUUGAGAGACUCAAGGAAACGGAGAAAAUUAUUGCUGAGCUCAAUGAAACCUGGGAAGAGAAGCUUCGCCGUACAGAAGCCAUCAGAAUGGACAGAGAAGCACUGCUGGCUGAGAUGGGUGUGGCCAUGCGUGAGGAUGGAGGAACUGUUGGAGUCUUUUCACCAAAGAAGACGCCCCACCUGGUGAAUCUAAAUGAAGAUCCUUUAAUGUCUGAGUGUCUUCUGUAUUACAUCAAAGAUGGAAUUACCAGGGUGGGGAGAGAAGAUGCCAGCAGAAGACAGGACAUUGUUUUGAGUGGUCACUUCAUCAAAGAGGAACACUGCACUUUCACCAGCACCACUGGACCUAUGGGAGAAGCUGUCAUUCUUGAGCCGUGUGAGGGAGCAGAAACUUAUGUCAAUGGGAAGAGAGUAACAGAGCUUACGGUUCUCAAAUCAGACCGCGAGAAAAGCCCAUUCCCUCGCACCAUUGUGGCUGUAGAAGUCCAAGAUCAGAAAAAUGGAGCCACACAUUACUGGACCCUGGAGAAGCUCAGGCAGAGGCUGGAUCUGAUGAGAGAGAUGUAUGAUCGUGCUGCUGAGGUGCCUGGCAGUGCUCUUGAGGACUGUGACAGUGUGCUGACUGGAGGCGAUCCAUUCUACGACCGCUUUCCCUGGUUCCGUCUGGUUGGAAGAAACCCCCUUUUCUCCACAUGCCUUAGUGAGCAAGCGAGCGACCCUAACUCCUCCCCCACCCCCUCUGAGCCCACAUCAACCUCUGAAAUCACUGAGCUGGUCCAGUCGUGGCCUGACAACAGGGUGGGGACAGAGUUGGAUGACUUGGACGAUGAUUUCUUAUCGGACGACCCAUGCUCGGAUCUUGAAGCACUUGAUGAUGAUGAGGGAGAGCUCUGCAGAAGCUCCGGCAAAGCUGAGGACCCGUUUUACGAUCGCUCGCCAUUGUUCAGUGUAGUGGGAAGGGCAUUUGUGUAUUUGAGUAAUCUGCUCUAUCCUGUGCCUUUGGUCCAUCGCGUUGCCAUUGUCAAUGAGAAGGGAGAGGUCAAAGGUUUCCUCAGAGUAGCUGUACAGGCAAUAUCAGCUGAUGAAGAGGCACCAGACUAUGGCUCUGGUGUCCGACAGUCAGGCACUGCCAAGAUUUCUUUUGAAGACCAGCAGUUUGAGAAGUUCCAGUCAGAGUCCUGUCCUUCUGGUCUUUCACGUGCUGCUGUAUCUCAGGAAGAGCUGCGAAUUGUGGAGGGUGAGGGCCAAAAUGCAGAGAUGUCACUGUCAGCAGAUGAGGUCAACAAUAAUACCUGUGCAACUAACACAGAGGAGCUGGACAGCCCUGUCAAAACCGGUCUUGAUGGCGUACCGGAUGGCGCUCUGGAUCACUUGAGGAUCGGAGAAGCCUUUACAUUCAGAGUUACUGUGCUGCAGGCGUCAAGCAUAUCCGCAGAAUAUGCAGACAUAUUCUGCCAGUUCAAUUUUAUUCACAGGCACGAUGAAGCGUUUUCCACAGAGCCGUUGAAGAACACUGGACGUGGUCCACCACUUGGCUUCUAUCAUGUGCAGAAUAUUGCCGUGGAAGUGACUAAGUCCUUUAUAGAGUACAUAAAGACUCAGCCAAUCGUGUUUGAAGUGUUUGGACAUUACCAAAAGCAGCCUUUCCCUUCGCUCUGCAAGGAUCUCAUUAGCCCAUUGCGCCCAUGCAGACGACAGUUCCCGAGAGUCAUGCCUCUUUCCAAACCAGCCGCAGAUAACGACACCCCUCCUGAUCGGGAGAAGAACCUGGAGCUGAUUCGCCACCUGCUGCCAGAGGUCUUCAGUGGGGCUCUGGUGGACUCGCUGUCAAGCCACGCCCUCAAUGCAGCAGGCAUGGCUGUUUCCUACCUCCUUGAGGGGGAGGAGCAAGCCAGACUGCCGGCCCCACCCUUGUCUAUCUGUUCAGUAAUAAAAGCGCAGAAGCCGGUACCUGCCACCAAACUGACAGCUCUCACACGACCCACGGCAGGACCGUGCCACUGUAAAUACGACCUGAUGGUCUUCUUUGAAAUCUGUGAGCUAGAGGCCAAUGGAGAUAAAGUCAUGGAAAAAGCAUUGUUUCUCUUUCCUUUUGAGCAGUUCCAGUCAGAGUCCUGUCCUUCUGGUCUUUCAUGUGCUGCUGUCUCUCAGGAAGAGCUGCGAAUUGUGGAGGGUGAGGGCCAAAAUGCAGAGAUGGGACUGUCAGCAGAUGAGGUCAACAAUAAUACCUGUGCAUCUAACACAGAGGAGCUGGACAGCCCUGUCAAAACCGGUCUUGAUGGCGUACCGGAUGGCGCUCUGGAUCACUUGAGGAUUGGAGAAGUCUUUACAUUCAGAGUUACUGUGCUGCAGGCAUCAAGCAUAUCCGCAGAAUACGCAGACAUAUUCUGCCAGUUCAAUUUUAUUCACAGGCACGAUGAAGCGUUUUCCACAGAGCCGUUGAAGAACACUGGACGUGGUCCACCACUUGGCUUCUAUCAUGUGCAGAAUAUUGCCGUGGAAGUGACUAAGUCCUUUAUAGAGUACAUAAAGACUCAGCCAAUCGUGUUUGAAGUGUUUGGACAUUACCAAAAGCAGCCUUUCCCUUCGCUCUGCAAGGAUCUCAUUAGCCCAUUGCGCCCAUGCAGACGACAGUUCCCGAGAGUCAUGCCUCUUUCCAAACCAGCCGCAGAUAACGACACCCCUCCUGAUCGGGAGAAGAACCUGGAGCUGAUUCGCCACCUGCUGCCAGAGGUCUUCAGUGGGGCUCUGGUGGACUCGCUGUCAAGCCACGCCCUCAAUGCAGCAGGCAUGGCUGUUUCCUACCUCCUUGAGGGGGAGGAGCAAGCCAGACUGCCGGCCCCACCCUUGUCUAUCUGUUCAGUAAUAAAAGCGCAGAAGCCGGUACCUGCCACCAAACUGACAGCUCUCACACGACCCACGGCAGGACCGUGCCACUGUAAAUACGACCUGAUGGUCUUCUUUGAAAUCUGUGAGCUUGAGGCCAAUGGAGACUAUAUCCCAGCCGUAGUGGACCACCGGGUAGGCAUGCCCUGUCAUGGCACUUUCAUGUUACAUCAGGGCAUCCAAAGGAGAGUCACAGUCACCAUAGUACAUGAGUCAGGAAGAGAUAUUAAGUGGAAGGAAGUGCGAGAGCUGGUUGUAGGGCGCAUCCGGAACACGCCUGAAGCAGAUGAGACAAUCAUCGACCCCAAUAUUCUCUCUCUCAACAUACUGUCUGCAGGAUACAUCCGUCCUGCACAUGAUGACAGACAGUUUCUUGAUUCGGACAUUCCUAGGACAUUCUACCAUUUUGAGGCUGCUUGGGAUUCAUCCAUGCACAACUCUUUGCUGCUUAACCGUGUCACUCCUUACGGAGAGAAAAUCUACAUGACUCUGUCUGCUUACCUGGAGGUAACCAAGGCCAUUCACUUAUUCAUAUGGGGGGAUGAGAACAUUUCCUUGGGGAUUAAUCCUAGGACAUUCUACCAUUUUGAGGCUGCUUGGGAUUCAUCCAUGCACAACUCUUUGCUGCUUAACCGUGUCACUCCUUACGGAGAGAAAAUCUACAUGACUCUGUCUGCUUACCUGGAGAUGGAGAAUUGCACACAGCCCACAGUGAUAACCAAAGACUUAUGCAUGGUGUUCUACUCAAGAGACGCCAAGCUCCCAGCAUCUCGCUCCAUCAGGAACCUCUUCAGCAGUGGCACCUUGAGGCCAUCUGAAGGAAACCGUGUAACUGGUGUGUAUGAGCUCAGUCUGUGCCACUUGGCUGAUGCAGGGAGCCCAGGAAUGCAAAGACGGCGCAGGAGGGUGCUGGAUACGUCGGUGGCAUAUGUGCGAGGGGAGGAGAACCUGGCUGGCUGGAGGCCCCGCAGUGACAGCCUCAUCCUGGACCAUCAGUGGGAGCUGGAGAAACUGAGCCUCCUGCAGGAGGUGGAGAAAACCAGACACUACCUCCUCCUUAGGGAGAAGCUGGAGUCCACCCUGCUGCUGGGCCAGGAGUCGCUGCUGUCCUGCGGGAGUGAGGAUCUAACCGAGUCCUCUUCCCCAUCCACCCACCUGGGCCUGGGCCACAACCCUUGCCCCGGCCCUGACACACCCAACGAGAGGCAGAAGGAGCUGGCUGCAAAGUGUUUGCGUUUGCUUAACCACACCUUUAACAGGGACUACAGCCAUGUGUGUGUUAGCGCCAGCGAGAGCAAGUUAAGCGAGAUGUCAGUAACUCUUUUGAAAGACUCGGCCUCAGUGUGUGCAGAAAGCACCCUCACCCCGUCCUCCACAUGCCCCUCACUCGUGGAGGGACGCUACGGCCACAACACUGAACUCAGACCCCCAACACCUCGAUCUCGUGCUGUCAGCCCCAUCCCUGACACUGAAACAGAGGGCAAGAAGUCUCCUCAAGAGUCCAAAUCAAGAUCCCACACUUUUGUGCCAGACAUUCAGGAAAUCCGUGUCAGCCCAAUUGUGUCAAAGAAAGGUUAUUUGCAGUUCCUGGAGCCCCACAGUAAUGACUGGGUUAAGAGGUAUGUGGUGGUACGCCGGCCUUAUGUCUACAUCUACAACCCAAUUGUGUCAAAGAAAGGUUAUUUGCAGUUCCUGGAGCCCCACAGUAAUGACUGGGUUAAGAGGUAUGUGGUGGUACGCCGGCCUUAUGUCUACAUCUACAACACAGAGAGAGACACAGUGGAAAGGGCCAUUCUUAACCUGUCCUCGGCACAAGUGGAAUACAGUGAAGACCAGCAGGCCAUGCUGAAUACCCCCUACACAUUUGCGGUAUGCACAGAGCAUCGUGGGAUACUCCUUCAAGCCAGUAAUGACAAGGAGAUGCAUGACUGGCUGUAUGCCUUUAACCCUCUGCUUGCUGGAUCUAUCAGGUCUAAACUGUCCAGAAGAAGAGCCGGGCAGAUGAGAUUUUGAGCCCACUACAUGUAUACCUACUGUACAACUCUUUGAGGACAAAAAACACAAAGGACUAACCUUGUAAAUAGAUCUACUGAUAGAUCCCCCAGUUUCUGUGCUUAAUCAACUCUCUGACCCUCUGUUUCCUACAUGUGUGUACCUGCACCUGGCCACACUAGCACCGACUGUGCACCUGUAUCUUAAAGGCCCCUUUGUUGUGCAUCUACAGUGGCCUAAAUAUUCAACUUAUAGCGCCAAGAGAACAGGCUAGCUACUUUAUUGGGGUAGAGAUAGUAUGCUUAUGUAGUCUUCAGCAACAUUUUAGAAAGCUGGUGAUGGGAAUUUCUAAUUCUGAAGCUGUCAGCUCAUGCAAACACAUCUGAAUUUGUUACUGUGAAGAGUGGCGUCCAUAUCUUGGGUUUCUGGGAAAAUGGAUCACAUGGCCUUACUGUGUUAUUCUUGAAUUGCAAGUCUAUGGGUUUAAAACGAUAAAACUGGUCAGUAUUUAAGUCAGCAGACCAUAUGUUUGUUCAUUUCUUGGCUAUGGAAGAUAGGAUUGAUCAAUGAUAAGCAGUUCUUAGCAAGGAGUAGAUGAAUCACAUCAUAUUACGCUCUUACUCUCUUUAAGUGCAGUUCUUGGACACAGUACAACCCAUCAUAAAUACUCAUAUACCUUUAUAAUGUUUCCCUUGUAUGGCCUUGAAAUGCAUAAAGUUUUCAAAAUAACCAGGAUGCAUGAGGAAAAAAUUGGCAAUGGAAAAUGGUUGCAUUCUCAAAUCUCUAUAUGAGAACCAUUAUAAAGAUUUGGCCUAUUUUUGUUGGAGUACUGGUCAGUAGAUUUAUCUAAAAUGUAUCAUAAUCCAGUCUAAUAUUUUAUAUAAAAAAUUAUCGGUAUCC